AUGGCUGACCACCACAUAAGGGAAGCGGCUGAAUCUCUCCUUGAGAGUGUUUCAAACCCACAUUAUAGAACCAUAUCUCACUCCCAUUCAGUAAACCUCACAACAGAAGAUCUACUAGCCGGUUAUCGGCCACAAGGAAGGAUGUCGUCUGUGCGGAGAUUUUUCUGUUUAUUUGUCACAUUUGAUUUACUAUUUACUAGCUUGAUGUGGCUGAUUUGUGUUAUGAUGCGUGGAGAGACUUUGAUGCAAAUUUUUAAUCAAGAAAUAGUACAGUAUAGCAUUAAGACGUCACUGUUUGACAUAGUACUAGUUGCGGUGCUCAGAUUUUUGCUGCUAAUCCUGUUCUAUGCAGCAUUGUAUAUAAAUAAUUGGAGUGUUAUUGCUCUUUCAACUGGUGGUACUUGCGCCUUCUUGAUAGCCAAAGUGUUCGUUUUUGAUUGGCCGAAUGCUGUCCAGCCGGUGUACCAAGUGUUCCUCAUACUCACCUCGUUCACGCUCGCGUGGGGCGAGGCCUGGUUCCUGGACUUCAGGGUGCUACCGCUGGAGUUGGAAGCCAACACUCGCCGUCCGUUGACGGAGAGGACGCCAUUGCUGAAUCCAGUCAGGCCCACGGGCGUCCAAUCCGUCUACGGGGAGUCCACUGUGAACUGGUUCUCGCCAGUGGAGUCUCCAGAAUCCAGCCCCAGGCCUAGGGCGCCUGGGGAGCAGGUCAUCCUUACGCAAGACCUGAUAGACGAGUACAAACAGCAGGCAGAGGAGAGCUUGCAGAGCUCGUGGAAGAUCCUGAACCACCCCAAUUGGAGGCUGGAGAAGCGGGGCUCCCACCGUGGCGACAUAGUAGAGUCCACGAUCACGGAGCAGUACGGAAAGGUCUAUAGGUUCACUGGUGUAGUGGAGUGCCCCGCAAAGUUCCUCUACGAGGAGUUCAAGAACAACCUGACCAAGUUACCCGAAUGGAAUCCGACCAUACUGAAGACUGAAUUUAUCAAGGAGGUCGGGCCAGGGGUGGACCUGUCGUACCAGGUGACAGCCGGCGGUGGCAGGGGGAUCAUCGCGCCAAGGGACUUCGUGAUCCUGCGGCGGACCGCGCAGCUCUCCCGAGAAGGGAAGGUGACGGAAGUGGACCCCUACUGCUACAUGACCAGCGGCACCAGCGUCCAGGUCCCAGGCUACCCGCCCCAGAAGGACAUGGUCAGGGGCAACAACAAGGUGGGCUGCUGGGUGAUGAAACCGAAGACCGUGCAGACGGCGGGGGGUAAGAUUGAGGAGUGCACAGUCUUCCACUGGCUCAUGUGCUGCGACCUGAAGGGCAAGAUACCGCAGUUCGUGCUGGACGCCGCCUUCGCCACCGUCAUGCUGGAUUACAUCGUCCACGUGAGGAAGUUCGCGGCCGAGAGCAGGGCCAAGGGCCUCUUC